AUGCAGACAAGAUUCUUAUUGCUGGUUAUAUUUUUUAUCUAUCUAUCUAUCUAUCUAUCUAUCUAUCUAUCUAUCUAUUGUGAAAGGAAGGGGUGCAAUACACUCGCGCACGUAAUAGUAGGUGGAAUCCCUGCGCGAUUCCACAUAUCUAUCUCAGUCUGUUCAUAUCUAUCUAUCUAUCUAUCUAUCUAUCUAUCUAUCUAUCUAUCUAUCUCAGUCUGUUCAUAUCUAUCUAUCUAUCUAUCUAUCUAUCUAUCUAUCUAUCUAUCUAUAUAUAUCUAUAUCUAUCUCAGUCUGUUCAUAUCUAUCUAUCUAUCUAUCUUUCUAUGUCAGUCUGUUCAUAACUAUCUAUCUGUCAGUCUGUUCAUAUCUAUCUAUCUAUCUAUCUAUCUAUCUAUCUAUCUAUCUAUAUAUAUAUAUAUAUAUAUCCUCAAUGGGUUAUUUAAUGCCGACAAGAUUUUCAUUGCUGGUAAUAUUUUUUAUCUAUCUAUCUAUCUAUCUAUCUAUCUAUCUAUCUAUCUAUCUAUUGCCUCUUGUAGCAAAAUCGCCAAUGACAAAUUAUAUCAAGAGAAUUUUUGUACAUUGCUUUCUUUUUUCCGGCUAGCCAGCGGAAUAUUUUGA